AUGUCCAGAGUGUUACCUUCCCUUUCAAGUUCAAUCUCUCAAAUAUCUCUCCCUUUCUCUCUCUCUGAAAUUCACUCUCUCUAACGCCAAUAAUACGCCCUCCUGCCCGUUCUGCUCCAAAAAAGCUGUUUUUUCUCUCUCUCUUAGUGGGUCUUUGUUUUUUCGGUGAUGACCACCACGUCAUAUAUGGUUUUGGUGGUAUAUUAUUGAGAAGGUGAGAGAGAUGGGUUCUUGUGCAUCUGUCAAUAGGAGUUCAACAGACUCGGCCAUGAAACUGCGAUUCUCAUUUGGUUCCAGAACUGACAAGCUUCUGAUUCCCCCUUCACCAGUAAAGGAUAAGGAUAAACCAGUCAAUGAAGAAACUCUGGUCAACGGUGUCCAGGGCUCCUUUGCGGCCUAUGGUAGUAAAGAGGAAACAUUUUUCGAUUCCCAACCUUGGCUGGAUUCAGAUUGUGAAUCUGAUUUCCAGAGUGUCAAUGGUGAUUUUACCCCAUCUCGAGGCAAUACACCAGUCCAUCAUAACUUCUCUGUGGCUACCCCUAGUACAGUGAACAAAACACUUUUGGAUGGACCCGCUUCUGUGCUACCGUCCCCUGGAGAGAAGAAAAAGAAACUGCUUGAAUUUUUUCAAGAGUGCGGAGAUGACCAAGACGUUGAUACUUAUGCAUCUGUUCCCAACUCUACCUGUAGUAGUGAGUGGACUGCUAAUGGAGAUGCCCUGAUUAAGGAGAAAUCAAUGAAGUCUACACCGUGUUGCCUUCCGGGGUUGCUCUCAUGCCGUAGUUUUAGUGAGAGGAAGAAGAUGAGCCCUACUAUAGCUGUAAAUGAGAAGCCUUAAUUUCGAUUAUCCUUGGUCAAUAGAUAUGGGAGAACUGAGAAUGUAAAGCUUAUAAGGAUCCUAGUUUUCAGUAGCCCCCAAGUUCCGCAUAUGAAGCGAUGGCCGAUGCGGAUAUCUUGGGAUAUAAUUUUUUUAGGUCAAGCUUUGCUUGAGCAUCAUACUCUCUUUUGUCAAUCCUAAGGUUUAUGUUAUUUGUAGGUAUUUUUCUCUAAUAAGAGGAAAGAACAAAGAGAUAAGAGGAGGCGGCCUAAGUUUUCCCGAGUAA